AUGCUGAAUCCGAGUUCUCCAACACAAGCGGAUCCCAAUUCAAAUGCGGGUGAAGAUAUAAAUAAUACUACCAAAGAUGUAUCAAUGGUUGAUGUCAGUAAAGCAGACGGUGAUCAACAACCAAGAAGAAGAAGAUCAACUUUGAAUUUAACUGAUGAAAUUGAUUUAGAUAGAAUGAAUAUUGAUAAUAGCGGAGCUUCACAAGAUAUAGAUGACAAGAUGAAUAUUGAUCCAUCAUCAACAAAUUUACAACAACAACAACAACAACAAGGAGGGAAUCCUAUUCCUCCAAAUAUCCCACAACAACAACAACAGCAACAACAACAACAACCAGUACCAGGACCAGAAGCAACAAUUGCAGUUCCUGUAGAUAUCAAAUGGGUUCAAGGUGGUCAAAAGGUCUAUGUUACUGGUUCUUUUACUGGAUGGAGAAAAAUGAUUGGAUUGGUUAAACAACCCGAUAAUAAUUUCCUGAUCACUUUGGGAUUACCAGUCGGUACACAUCGUUUUAGAUUUGUUGUGGAUAAUGAAUUAAGAUUUUCUGAUUUUUUACCUACUGCAACUGAUCAAACGGGUAAUUUUGUUAAUUAUAUUGAAAUUACUCCUGAUAAUGUCCAACAACAUUUGUUGCAACAACAACAACAACAACAAGAAGGCGCACCACAACAGCAGCAACAACAACCUGCACAAGAACAAUUAGAUCUACAACAAGGAGAAGCAGGUAGAAAUGAUCAACAAGGACUUGGUGGUGGUCGUAGAGCAUCAGUUGGUGGAAGAUCAAGAAGUAAUUCCAUGUGGGGAUUGACUAAUGAUGAUGAUGAUAUGGGUAAUGGUUAUUCAAGAUAUUAUGAUGAUGAAAGUACAGCAUUGGAUGCUAAAAAAUAUCAGUACAUUAGUGAUAUUCCACCUAUUUUCACAGAUCCAAAAGUGAUGGAACAAUAUUAUGUUGCCAUAGAUAAACAAUCUAGAAGUAAUAAUGGUCAACAACAAGCAUGGUUGCAUCCACCUCAAUUACCUCCACAUUUAGAAAGUGUUAUCUUGAAUAAUUUUAACAAUAAUAAUGAAAACAAUAGUGGUGCUUUACCAAUUCCAAAUCAUGUUGUGUUGAAUCAUUUGGCAACAACUUCAAUUAAACAUAAUACAUUAGCUGUUGCCUCAAUUGUAAGAUACAAGAGAAAAUAUUUGACGCAAGUUUUAUACGCACCACUACAACCACCACCAGCACCACCACAAGAUAACCAACAACAAGAGCAACAACAAGUGUGA